UUGGUUAGCCCCCCGGAAACCCUGAUAUCUCGUUAGUUUUAGAGAGGUAAAAACAAUGGCGGAUGCUUUAAGCCCUAAUCCGUCAACGGCGCUGAGGCAGAGGGCACCUAUGGCUUCUCGGCUCCAAUCUCCGACUAGUCCCUUCUUUUUGGGCCCAAACGACGAUCAACUAGAACGUGCUCAAGCUCGGGCUGCACGUGCCUCCGCCAUCCGUCGCAAAUCCAUUGCAGCUACUGCACCUCCUCCACCUUCUGAUCCUUUCCUCUGUAAGGAGCAGAUUAUGGAGUUGUUCCAGAAUUGUAUUAAGCUCGCCAGUGAAAAUAAAAUCAACCAGAAAAAUACGUGGGAAUUGAGCCUUAUAGAUCAUCUUAGCGAGAUAAUUAAAGUUGAAGCAGAAGAUACUAGCGAGACUAAUUUUCAGAAGGCAAGCUGCACACUGGAAGCUGGAGUGAAAAUUUAUUCCUUGAGGGUGGACUCUGUGCAUUCGGAAGCAUAUAAGUUCCUUGGUGGAAUUAAUCGAGUAGGUCGAGAAGAUGACCACGAAGCAAUUUUGGAGACUAAUAAUGGCAAUGUUGAACAAGAGGAGGGCCGUUCUAAGAAAGAAGAGAGGAAGAUGUCGCCUUUAGCAACGUUGGAGUCAUCUUUUGAUGCUCUUAAUGCAAAAAAGUUUGAUGUUGCAUUUGCAGUGGAUCCUCUGUAUCAUCAAACAUCUGCACAAUUUGAUGAAGGUGGAGCCAAAGGUCUCCUAUUGAAUAAUCUCGGAGUAUAUGGUGGCUGUCGAGUACUUUUUGAUUCACUGGAAGCACCAGGGAAGUUUAUGUCUCGUGAAACUCGAAAUGAUAAGUUGGAUAAUAUCGAUCUUUCAUUUGUACGAGAAGAAAUUGAGCAAAUGGUUGUCAACAUGAGGAGAGAGGAUCACAUUUCACCAACUUUGAGGGAUAUUAUCAAUCUGUUUAAUGAAGACAAUAAAAGGAAAUCAAAUUCAUUCUCUGUUGGCCCAAAAACUGCUGAGCAUGUUGAUGCAGUUGAUGAUGACCGAGAUGAGUUUGAUGGGGAUGCAUUUGAGACUUGUAACACCUGGAAUUUUGAUCAUGAUGACCAAGGAAGUGUCGUUGAUGAGCCAGAUCCUAGUUUUCCAGGUCACCAUGUGGAAAAUGAUCCAUACACACUUGAUGAACCUAAUUUAGAUGACAGAUUUGAGAAGGUUGCUGGUUUUUUGUAUUUAGGCUUGGGUUUGACUUCAAAACAAAAUGCAUGGGCUGGUCCUGAUCAUUGGAAAUAUCGGAAGGCUAAAGUUGAUGCUCCUGUUUCAGAAAAUGGAUCACCCUUAACAACUAAGAGACCCAAGAACAGAAAACAAGCUGAAGUUGAUAUCGAUUUCACAAAAUCCUUGGACAAAGAAAUGCUGGAGAUUUUUGCUCCCCCUAAAAACCCUAAGUUGUUAUUGCUACCUCCAAAUAGAGUCUCUUGUAAUAACACACUUCCUGAAGAUUGUCAUUAUCAGCCUGAGGAUCUGGUCAAGUUGUUUCUUCUUCCAAAUGUUUUGUGCCUUGCAAAGAGAGGAAGAAAAGCCUUAGAUGAGCCAGGGCAGCAAAGCCAUGAUUCUGGACCCUUCCCAUCAUGGGACAAUGAUAGUGUGUUUAACGGCCAAUUUGAUGAUGGAGAUGUUCAUAGUGAUGUCGAAGACUCAAGCACCCUUGUGUCUCAGCCGCGCCAGGUAAACAAAAUUGAAGUCCAAUAUGAUAAAACCUCUAAGCAAGUUGAUGUUCAUGCAUUAAAAGAAACACUUUGGAGCUGCAUGCAAGAAUCUAUACAGAUGCCUGAAAUGCAUCCCAAGGCUGUGGUAUCCUUUAAGCACUUAAUGGCCAGCUUUCCUGCCGAUUGCCAAGUUGCAGCUUCUGAGGAUAUCUCCCCCCAUUUGUGUUUUAUAUGCCUCUUGCAUCUAGCUAAUGAGCAUGGCUUAACCAUCCAUGAUUGCCCCAGUUUGGAUGAUCUCCAAGUAUUAUUUCCUCAUGCUGAAGCGAACGUGACAUGAUUCAAGCAUCACCAUGUAUACUUUCUGUAUUUUUUUUUUUCCCUUAUACAUAUUGUACCAGAUGUAACUCACGUCUGGCCUUCAUGUAGGUUCAAAUACCAAAAGACAAUGUAAAUUCAAUAGGUUUGCC